AUGAUUUCAACAAUUGGAAUAAAUCACCAAUUGAGAAAGUUCAUCUUAAGUUCUGUAAAAUUUACCCCGCUAUCAGUAGGAAAGCAAGUAACAUUGCCUCCAGAGCUGAGCUUGGAAAACUCCCUCUCAUCAUUAACGUAUUCAAAAGGUCUUCAAAUACAUCACUCACUUAAACUUCCGCAAACAACCAUUGCGAAGCAAGCUUUUCUAAUCUCGAAAGAUCUACACUCCAAGCAGAAAAUGUCUUUUUACGGAAAUACAAUGGAUACUAUCAAAAAUUUAAAUCUAAAUGAAGAAAUCCUUAAUUUAGAAGCCGUAACGACUGAACAUAUUAAAACUAUUACCAAAACCCUUGAGGAAAAAUACUUAACAUUUUGGAAACAUAAACUUGAAAAUUCAUCCAAACUGACUUUCUAUUCAACAUUCAAAACGGAUCACAACCUCGAAAACUACCUAGUAUUUAUAAAAGAUCCAUACAAAAGAAAAUGUCUUUCAAGACUUAGAGUCAGCAACCAUAACCUCCAAAUUGAGAUCGGGCGCUAUCAAAAUAUACCCCGUGAAGAACGCUUAUGUAAAAUCUGCAAUUCAGGAGAGGUGGAAAAUGAAACCCAUCUCCUCCUCUCUUGCAAGGCCUAUGAGCAAUCUCGUGCAAACCUUCGAAGUUCAUUAGAGAAUGCUUCAUCUGACGAGAUUAAUCUAAACUCUCAAACUCUAUCAGCGGACCUAAUGAAGUCAACUGAUGGUGAAAUCAUAACCAAACUUUCAAAAGUUGUUUAUUCAUGUUUCAAGCAAAGACUUAAAUACCUUGAAACCAGGAAUGCGGAUUAG